CUCAGCGACAACGUCGACGCCAGGCCAGCAUAUUCCCGGCCAUCGCAAGCAUCAUGCUCAUACAUCGGACCGGAAGCGGGUUCAGAGGAAGUCUUGAAAACUGCCAAGAUGACAUUUAACAUCGCUAUGGUCAGCGAUUUUUUCUUUCCCCAACCAGGUGGCAUCGAAUCGCAUAUCUACCAGCUGUCCACAAAGCUCAUCGAUCGUGGCCACAAAGUCAUCAUCAUCACUCAUGCCUACGAGGGCAGGACGGGGAUCAGGUAUCUGACGAAUGGAUUGAAGGUUUAUCACGUUCCGUUCUUUGUCAUUUAUCGGGAGACCACGUUCCCAACGGUCUUUUCUUUUUUCCCAGUCUUCAGGUCGAUUGUCAUACGGGAGCGCAUUGAGAUUGUGCACGGCCAUGGUUCUCUCUCGAAUCUAUGCCACGAGGCCAUAUUGCAUGCCCGAGCGAUGGGUUUGCGCACAGUCUUCACGGAUCACUCGUUGUUUGGGUUCGCAGACGCCGCGAGUAUACUUACGAACAAGUUGCUCAAGUUCAUUCUCAGCGACGUCGACCAUGUCAUAUGCGUAUCACAUACAUGCAAGGAAAACACUGUUCUCCGUGCAUCGCUUGAUCCGCUUAUGGUCAGCGUCAUUCCCAACGCGGUGGUGGCCGAGAACUUCAGGCCGCUUUCUUACUCGGAAAGUACAAAUGCAGACAAACGAACGAGUGCGCGACUUUCGACGGGUUCACGGCCUACUUCGCCAACUCCACGUGCUUUGGGACCUAAUGAGACGAUCACCAUUGUGGUCAUCUCCAGGCUUUUUUACAACAAGGGCACCGAUCUGCUCAUCGGGUUAAUACCUCGCAUUUGCUCGAUGCACCCACAUGUCAAUUUUCUCAUAGCCGGAACAGGACCAAAAGCCACAGAUUUGGAGCAAAUGCUUGAGUCCCAUGUCUUGCAAGACCGCGUCUCUCUGCUGGGUCCGGUUCGCCACGAGGAAGUACGCGACGUCAUGGUACGAGGGCACAUCUACUUGCACCCAAGCUUGACAGAGGCAUUCGGCACCGUCAUCGUCGAAGCUGCAAGCUGUGGUCUUUUUGUUGUUACGACACGUGUGGGUGGCAUCCCAGAGGUGCUUCCGCCGCGGAUGACAGGCUUUGCAGAACCCGAUGUCGACAGUCUCGUGGCCGCGACAUCGAAAGCCAUCCAAAAGCUCAGAGAAGGAAAGCUACGCACAGAUAAAUUUCAUGACGAGGUCAAAAGCAUGUACUCCUGGACAAAUGUUGCCAUGCGCACAGAACGCGUGUACAACGGCAUCACGGGCGUCAUCUCGGAGGAAGAGUUUUACGGAGAAAGCCCGGCUGGUUGGGGAGCCUCUCGGACGAGAGGUUUCGCACUCAUUGACCGGUUGAAGAGGUAUUAUGGUUGUGGCAUCUGGGCUGGCAAAUUGUUUUGUAUCUGCGUCGUGGUUGACUACCUGUUGCUCGUGUUUCUCGAGUUUUGGAUUCCGAGAGACAAGAUAGAUAUAGCCCGCGACUGGCCCCGGAAACUGCCCCCUCAUCAGGUGGAAGACGGCGAAGAAAUGAACGGCCUAGGAAGGAAAAGGAGCGGUCGACAAAGAGACAACAGAUGGAAUUGACAGCAUCAUCGGUUUCAUCCAAGCCUAAUUCCGAUUUAUGCGUUUCCUUCGAACCAAGCAACCACGAGUCGAGGUGGUAAUCAGGUAGCGCCAACACCCCAAACAUAUGCGAAAGACCCCAAACAUAUGCGAAAGGCCCCAAUGCAAACUAUUGGCGCAGAAAGACAUCCACGCAAUCUUCGCUCUUACCCGCAGGAUCGAGCUCGGGAACGACUUCGCUUUCGACGCAAAAAACGAAUUUUCAGAAAGAAAGAAGUAAAAACAGAGAAAAUGAGGGAAGUAGGAAUAUGCAUGAUCCCCAUGCAGCGUUUUUGCACGCACCAUCUCGACCAAGUUCUAGGCAAACUUUCUUCUAGGCGCUGGGCUCAGAUCAGAAAAUUGAGCCUGCCAGCCGCCAUGUACACAAGACACUCGAGAAACUAAACAAAUUUCUUCUUCGUCGAAUGCCUAUAAAGGAAGGUCUUUCGACGUCGAGUUGCAGGCCUGACCUUAAUCGUAUUCUGCAACACGUAAUUCACGUCAUUGCAUCGAACAGGCCACCCUGUCAAAAGGAUGCAAGGCAGCUCUCCGGUUCCCCGCUUGACACAUGCGCAUGGCCCACUCGAGCGGCUCGGAAGCGCUGUCUUUUGAACUUCUCCAGUCGUCCUUUUGCGGAGAUUCGGAGAAUCGUGACCGGAGCUUCGGUCGAACUGCAUGAGAACCGGCUUGUCAGGAUUGAUAUAGAAAUGUUUGUAUUAUAGUGUCUGAGCCAUGCGAUUAGAGAACACGGCAUUUCAUCUUUGGCUCCAAAGAUUUUUACAGAGAGACAAUCAAGAUACCCGCGCUAUGCUCGUACAUAAUCUGACAUGGCGAAUCAACA